UAUAAACUUUCUGUAUCAUCUCUCUCAAAGUGUAAUUUGAGCACAGAGGACAUGGAGUUAUAUCUCACGUUCUCAACGACGGUAGCAGCCAUCUUUUUGGCUAUUGUACUUACAUCCCUGCUGCAAAUCUUGAAAGGAAAAAGAGGAAACAAAGGGAAGAACAGAGAACCGCCUCAAGCGAAAGGUCAAUGGCCAUUAAUCGGACACCUACACCUUCUUGGCGGAUCUGCACCACCUCACAAGGUUUUUGGUGACAUGGCAGAAAAAUAUGGGCCUAUAUUCACGAUCAAGCUUGGUGUUCAUCAAGCUUUGGUAGUGAGUAACGGGGAGAUAGCAAAAGAGUGCCUUACCAGGAACGACAAGGUCUUUGCAAGUCGACCCAAGUCAAUGGCAUCAGAACUCAUGGGGUAUAACUACGCCAUGUUUGGGCUUGCUCCAUAUGGGGACUACUGGCGACAAGUGCGCAAGAUAGUCAUGCUCGAGAUUCUCUCACAGCAUCGAGUGGAGAUGCUUGGACAUGUUCGAGCAUCCGAGCUUAGAGCAUCAAUGAAAGAUAUAUACCAGGCUUGGGCAACGAACAAAGAGAGUGAAAGUUUAGACAUGGUAAAGGUGGACAUGCAACAAUGGUUUGGGAACUUAAUACUAAACGUUAUUGUAAGAAUUAUUUCAGGAAAGAGGUUCUCGCUCAUGGAUGAAGAAGGGGUUCGGUUUCAAAACGUGACAAAGAAACUAUUUGAGUUAUUGGGCGUAUUUGUCGUGUCUGAUUUCCUUCCUUAUUUGAAACAUUUUAGCCUUGGUGGAUACGAGAAAGAAAUGAGGAAGACAGCAAAAGAGAUGGACGACAUCUUUGAAGGAUGGUUAGAGGAACACAAGAGAGAGAAAGAAUCUGCGCACCAACAGGAAGGCAACCAAGUCUUCAUAGAUGUUCUGAUUUCCAUUCUUGAAGGUGCCUCCAAUGAGGAUUUUCCGGGCUUUGACCAUGAUACAAUAAUCAAGGCCUUAUGUUUGAACAUUCUAACGGCUGCCUUGGACACAACAUCUGUCACGCUAACAUGGGCUCUAUCGUUGUUGCUGAACAACCCAAGUGAAUUAAAAAUUGCCCAAGAUGAAAUUGAUGAGCAUGUUGGAAGGAAGAGACCAGUAGAGGAGUCAGACAUGAAGAACUUAGUCUACCUUGAUGCAAUCAUCAAAGAAACACUACGUUUAUACCCGGCUGGACCUCUCGGGCUUCCGCAUGAGUCCAUGGAGGAUUGUAUUGUGGGUGGCUACAACAUCCCCAAAGGCACACGUUUGGUGCUAAAUCUUUGGAAAAUACAUCGUGAUCCUAACAUAUGGUCAGAUCCAUACGAAUUCCAGCCACAAAGAUUCUUGACAACCCAUAAAGAUAUUGAUGUCAAGGGAAAACAUUUUGAACUACUUCCUUUUAGUGGUGGUAGAAGAAUGUGUCCUGGCUUUCACUUCGCUCUCCAGGCUUUGCGCUUAACAUUGGCUACAUUAAUCCAACAAUUUGUGAUUAGUAAACCAUCAAAUGAACCCGUUGAUAUGAGUGAAUGCUUUGGACUGACUACAAGCAAAGCAACGCCACUUGAGGUCCUUCUCGCCCCACGUUUAUCCCUUGAUAUGUAUCCUAUUGGUGCAUGACUUAAUUUGGAAACGGGAAUCCAAUAAAAACGUGGAAGGAAUUGAACAAGAAAGAUAAGAAUCAAUGGUACUAAAUAUGUUAGCUUCUUUUAUUGCAUGUGUGUAUACAUAGAUUGAGUAGAGAGUUCAAGAAUAAAACCUC